AUGGCCACGAUGGACUAUGGCGCCGAAGCGGUCAACAAUAAAUCCGAAGCCAAAAGGUUACAGGAUGAACGAUUGAGUCGUUACCUCGACGACAAAAACGGACCAAUGCCUCUCAGCGCGUUGGCGGUGCAGGGAAGCGAGAGAAGACAGCGAGCUCUAGCCGAGCUCUUGGGCAUCUUUGCGGGGUUCACGUAUCUCGAGAAGAUGGCACGGGGAGAUGUUACACAGGAGGCUGCCAACGAAUACCACCCCACACCACAACGUGCGUUCAACUACCGCCAAAAUCCGUAUAUCGUAAACCAGUUUACAGAAGAAUCCGGCAUUUUAUUCCUACAUGAUCCCGAAUACCCAAAUCUUGAAGAAUUCGAAGCAUCAGGCGCCUCCGAAAGCAAAGAUGACUCGCAACCUCAGCAAAGUUCCCGUCAAGCGGAUUCAACAGAUGAGAUAAAGCUGGCGUGGUCCGGCCUUCGAGGUGUGCGGAAGGGCCUGAAACGCCAACAUCAACGACUCCAGGAUAUAGCGUCCAAGUCAUCUUCGGCCAAUAUUCGGAAACUUUUAGACGCCUACAUCAGCCCUAAAAGAAUGGGAGAAAUGGGAAUCUUAGCAUACCGAGACGUCCUCGACUUCAUUGUCCCCGAUACUCUUGCCGAGGUUGUUGCUUUUACUUCAUUGUCCUACGUCAUCUCGAAUCUCCUGCUCCAACGCGGCCGGAUCGCCGAAACCGACGUUCUCUCUGGCAUACAGCGCUGGGGAGAUUGUAUUGUGAAUGUCGACGAUCGGAAGGCUUUCGCUUCAUUCGCUUCGGAGAUGUGGCCUCUGGAGCAUCUCCGAACUAUGAACGAGGUCGCGAAAAGCAACGGGCAAGACGACGACAAAGACUCGAAUCGCUCGAGGUCUAAGCACCCAGCGGCCGAUAAUCGUGGUUCCUUAGAACUACCGAAUGUCCAGUCUACACCACAAGCUAUUGGGGGUAGCAGCACGUCAAAGGAGAUUCGAGAAGCGGCCCUACUCAACUCGUAUGGCCUAGAAACGCUACCAGAAACACGACCAUCAGCAUUAAUACAACAUCCAUACGGGUCUCCGUCUCUGGAUAAUGAUGUUCUGAACAUCAUGAAUCAGACCUGGGAAGAGUAUGACUUCAGUCAAUUUUCCUCUUUGCCCCAAAGCCCUGCCUUCACUGCAGGGGGACCGGGAUUUCAUCACGACGAACUUUCUCCCCGUCCUGGCGUGGACCCGAAGAGUAUGGAUUACUAUUGGUCUGGCCUUUCUCUCGAACUCAUUCCUUCUCAGACCUUUUCGCCCAUGCCCGACCCUCCUUUACCCGCGCCGUCGGCACCUGCUGUCGAGGAACGCGCUUCUGUUGGCUCGGAAGUAGACAAACGGCACAUCAUCAACUUCCAAUGUUUCAAUAGAGAUAGUGACACGGCAAUCUUCAAGCUUAGAGAUACUCCGAUGUUCCUAGCUGUUCUAGUAUUCUCGCAUGACACCGGCGACUUCUUCUAUCGACUAUCAGGAUGUGGGAAAACAGUACAUUGUACUAAACGAAGCUCAGCCUACACCAUUGAAAGAUCAAAAGCCGAAAAAAGACUGCGCAAAGAAGUUUUCGAUCCGAUGAAGAAAUCAGAGUCAGGCAAUGUGGCAUUCCUGGCGUUGUUGUCAGUAGCCAAGAGGUUUGUUGUCCUGGGAAGCCUGGGAACUCUCAAAGAUGUCCAAGAUUACUUGGUCGCAAUCUCUCGUGAAGUCAUUGAGCCUGGCCAGGAGUACGAAAAGUUCGUUCGUUGGGUCUACAGUUCCUCCACCACCCCUCAUUCAUGCAUGGAGUCGCCCCCGGACACGAAGACUAACCAAGAUGCUUUUCCAUCAAUGGCACAAGAUGAACAGAUCCAUCAGCAGAUCUAUCAAUGCGAAGUCCCGAACUGCACAAAGACAUACAAGACGGGCUCUGGGCUCUGGAAGCAUAAGCAGAAACAGCAUGAAAAGGACGUCGUGAGAAUAGCAUGUCCCCAUGCCGGUUGCACUUACGAAGACAUCCGGCGGGAUCUUGUGAGGCUGCAUUACCAAAGACUGCAUAGUCUGGACUUGCCUGCGGCUCUGAAAGCCGGAAGCCGGGGCCAGAAACGUCAAAGAGUCUCAUGA